AUGCCGCAACAACAGGAACGAGUCUUGUCCGGGUGGGCAGCGGCGGCCACUGAUAACGCGGCUGGUGCACAGGAGCCGCGAGUGUUUUUGUUGAGCGGCAGUGGCUCCGCAGAUGCCUUUCAAUUCUCAUUCGAGACUCUUCGCAGCAAUGUCUUUCGAACCCGAUUUACAUCAAAUUCGCACCACCUGCCGCCGCAUCCCAGCGCGCGGCCCAUCAAGGCGGAGCUGGAUGAGAUCAAGCUGUCCGUCGCAUCGCCAUCCGAGACGACAAAGGAAAUUGAGAUUGGCGAUGUAGUCGUUAAACUGGACUGGACACAAUCAUCACCGCUUCUGUCUAUAGCAUAUACAGAGAGCAGAGGGAAGCCUAUUCAUCAGGACCUACCCUUUCGUGGAUAUGUCGUCGACGGGCUAGGUGUAGCUCACUAUACUCGCUAUAACCGUGGCACGCUUCAUGUUGGCUUGGGAGAGAAGGCCGCGCCAAUGGAUCUGUCUGGACGCAAAUUUGAAAUGUCGGCAACUGACAGCUUUGGAUACGACGUCUACCGUACCGACCCUCUGUACAAGAAUAUCCCACUACUCAUCAACGCGACGCCGAGUGGUUGCGUCGCUACCUUUUCAACCACCCACACCCGAGGACACUACUCUAUCGGCUCCGAAAUGGACGGCAUGUGGGGACGAUACAAGGUCUUUCGCCAAGACUACGGCGGACUGGAAGAGUACACUAUAGUCGGCAGGACUAUAAAGGACAUUGUGCGAACCUAUGCCGAGCUCGUUGGCUUUCCUCUCUUGGUUCCGCGAUGGGCAUUUGGCUACCUUUCCGGCGGCAUGAAGUACUCUAUGCUGGACGACCCGCCUGCGUCCGAGGCACUCUUGGAGCUUGCCCGCAAAAUGAAGCAGCACGACAUUCCCUGCUCUGCGUAUCAAAUGUCUUCCGGAUACACCGUGGCUGAGACGCCGCCCAAGACUCGCAACGUCUUUACGUGGAAUCGCCACCGCUUUGCAGAUCCUCAAGGUUGGAUCAGGGAGUAUCAUGAGCUCGGCAUGCGACUGAUUGCCAACGUGAAACCAUAUGUGCUGGGCAGUCAUCCAGAGUAUGAGACGCUCAAGGCUGCGAAUGCCUUCUUCACGGACCCCGACACUAAGCAGCCUGCUGUUGCGCGUCUCUGGAGUGCAGGUGGCGGCGAGAGCGGCGAGGGGGGACACAUUGACUUUACUUCCGAGGCCGGCUUCAAGUGGUGGUACAACGGCGUGAAGAAGCUCCGUGAAGAGGGCAUCGACUGCAUCUGGAACGACAACAACGAAUACGUGGUCACUGAUGACAAUUGGGAAUGUGCUCUUGACCUGCCAUCUCUGGAUAUUCCCAAGGAACUUCAGAGUCGACCGCAGAUUGGCGUUUGGGGCAGGAGCCUGCACACUGAGCUCCAUGGUCAGGCGUCGCACGACGCUCUCGUCGACGCUGACCCAGAGAGCCGGCCUUUUGUUCUGACGCGCAGCGCGACAGCGGGAACUAUGCGAUAUGCCUGCAGCUCUUGGAGCGGCGACAACACGACGAGCUGGGAGAGCAUGAAGGGAUCGACUGCUCUCGGCCUCAACGCGGGCGUUUCGCUGCUUCACUGCUACGGCCACGACAUUGGUGGCUUCGAGGGCCCUCAGCCUUCACCCGAGCUGCUGCUCCGUUGGGUGCAGCUGGGCGUUUACUCGCCGCGCUUUGCCAUAAACUGCUUCAAGACGACAUUGACUGAUAAUAAUGUGGGCGACGUGAUUGAGCCGUGGAUGCACCCGGCCAUUACGCACCUCGUUCGCAAGGCGAUUAAGCGCCGCUACGUACUGAUGCCGUAUAUUUACUCGUCCAUGAUUGAUAGCCACCGCAAGGCGACGCCGCCGCAGCGGUGGAUGGGAUGGGGAUAUGAGGGCGAUGCAGAGGUGUGGAAGAAGCCGCUGACUGACGGAGAGACGCAGUACUGGUUUGGCGACUCCAUUGUGGUAGGGGGUGUGUUUGAGCCAGGGGCGACACAAGUCGAGAUAUAUCUUCCGAGGAGCAGCGACACCGAUGAGGGCUAUGUGAAUAUGAAUCCGCCGUACCAGCAUCUCGAGGCUGGUCAGUGGGUUACCAUUGAUGCCGAGUGGCACGGCGCAGGCAUUGCCGUCAUUGCCAAGGUUGGCGCGGCGAUUCCGACGGGUCACGACGUGCAAGUGCUCUCUCCCGGCGAAAAGGAAAAUGUUGCCCAUCUGCCGCUUGAUGACUACCGGGCUGUUGAGAUUUUUCCACCACCGCCAUCAUCGCAAAAGGGUGGCGGCGGCAGCGACGACGGCAAGUGGUAUGAGACUACGUGGCACGAAGAUGAUGGCGUUUCGCCAGUGGCCAAGAAUAAAAUUUCGUCGUACACUUUUGCCUAUACAGCAACGAAUGAAACGGUUAGUGUGAGGUUUGAGAGGGAUGAGAGCUCGGGGUUUGUUGCGCCCUGGAAGAAGAUUGUUGUAGUGCUGCCGACGGGAGAUGAGCGAGAUGUGGAGAGGAGUGAUGAUGGUCAGGGGGGAGUGGCUGAUUUGGGUCGUGAUGAGCAGGGACGCAGAAGAUUUGAAUUGUCCUAG